AUGGGGGCCGGUGCCAAGCAGCGCUUCGAGAAUCUCUUCUUCUCAACAGGCAAGAUUCCCACCGGCUCUGUCAACGAGUACUACAAGGAAGCAUCGGGCGGCAAGAUCUCGCUCGCCGGCGAGGUCAUCGGCCCCUACACUCUAAGCCAUGACAUGGCGUACUACGCCAAUGGCCAGUCGGGCAUGGCUUGGCCUGAGCCCAAUGCCAUGACGAUGGCCGAUGAGGCUGUCACGGCUGCUGUUGGUAAGGUUAACUUCAACAAGUACGACAAUGACAAAAAUGGCAUGAUUGAUGUCUUUUGUGUUGUCCACGCUGGUACUGGGGCUGAGCAGAGUGGGAACCCGAAUCACAUUUGGAGCCUGAAGUGGAAUAUCAACCAGGAGAGAAAGCUGAAUGACGUGAAUGUGUUCGGUUUCUUGACCAUCCCCGAAGACGCCAAAAUUGGGGUCAGUGCCCACGAGAUUGGGCAUUUACUAUUUGGAUGGCCCGACCUCUACGACACCGAUGGAACCUCAGACGGCAUCGGCAGUUGGUGUCUCAUGUCUUACGGUAGCUGGGGUGGCAGCGGUGAUCGCCCCGUCCACCCAUCGGCUUGGUGCAAAGCCAACCAAGGCUGGAUCGAUGUGGUCAACGAGACGCAAAACCACCAAAUCACGCUCAAAGAAGUCAAAUCCGACUACAAAACCCAUCGCCUCUGGAAAGAUGGCGACACGAACAGCUCUGAGUACUUCCUUAUCGAAAACCGUCAAUUCAGCGGCUUCGACAACUCUCUCCCGGGCAACGGGCUGCUGGUUUGGCAUAUCGACGAUAGUGUCGAUGGCAACACCAACGAGUUCCACCCCAAGGUGGGACUCCUCCAAGCCGAUGGGCUUGAUCAGCUUAAAUUCAGCUUUGGCGAUGCCGGGGAUCCAUUCCCGGGGAUUGCGAGAAACACCGUCUUCAACGCGACGAGCAACCCGAAUAGCAAGGCAUACUCGGGUCAAGACACGUAUGUGUCCAUUACUAACAUCCCCGCUGCGGCACCGUCGAUGACUUUUAAUAUCACCGUC